AUGUCUAAGAACAUGGUGUCAUUGUCCUAUUUCCGGAAGGUAGACUUAGAUAAAUAUCAUGAGAACAAGUUUGUGGAAAAGGAGGGCUAUGGCAAUGGUCAAGCCAGGCCUGAUGAGGGUGAGUUGGACUCAUGCCUGCAGCAUGGAAACAUAACUGCUCUCCAGGCUGCUCUGAAACACCCCCCUAUCAACACAAAGAGUAAGGUAGUGAAGGACCAGGUAGGCAGCAUUGUCUUGAAGGUGCUCAUCUCUUUAAAAGCUAAUGAUACUGAAAAACCUGUUCAGUCUCUGGAUAAGAAUGAUAUGGACCUCUUAAUGAAGUAUAUUUACAAAGGUUUUGAGAGCCCUACUGGCAACAGCAGUGCUGUUACUACAGUGGCAUGA